ACAAACUUACAUAAUUUGAAUCAAAUUUUAUUUUUUUAUCAAUUGCAACGCAAGCGGCAAAACUGAAGGUUAGAUCUCGUAUACUCAUUAUCUGCAUGAAGAUGCGACUCAGCGAGCUCAUAUUACAAACGCGAUGAAGGAACGGAGUGGACAAACGUUUAUCAAUCACUGAACUUGUGCGGUGCAUUAUUAAAAUAUAACCGUUUAAGAUUUUCCUGCAUAAAUGUCGGUCAAAGGUGAUGGGUCAUUGGAUAAAUCCAAACAUGGAACACAAAAUAUAUGUCCAGAAGAUACAUCAGCAUUUAAUCCAACUGAACAUCAGCAUAUACGAUAUAAUCCAUUAAGAGGAGAAUGGGUACUUGUGUCUCCACAUCGUAUGAAGCGACCUUGGGGAGGACAGAUAGAACCUAGUAUAGAUGAAGAUCUUCCAGAUUAUGAUCCAAAAAAUCCACUUUGUCCAGGAAAUAUUAGAGCUAAUGGAGAAAUAACUCCAAUGUAUCAAAACACAUUUUCAUUCGUGAAUGAUUUUCCGGCUUUACUGGAAUCAGUACCAGAUCCACCAAAAAUGGAAGAUGAAUUGUUCCAAAUGGGAUCUGCCAAAGGUACCUGUAAAGUAAUGUGCUUUCAUCCAAAAUCCAAUGUAACAAUAGCUUUGAUGAAGAUUCAUGAGAUCAAGGAAGUGGUCAAACGGUGGAUCAUUGAGAUGCUCGAAUUGGGCGAAAAAUGGACUUGGGUUCAAGUGUUUGAAAAUAGAGGCGCUCUGAUGGGCUGCAGCAAUGCACAUCCUCAUUGUCAAAUAUGGGCCAGUUCCUUUUUACCAAACGAAGCUAGAAUAAAAGACAGAUAUCUCAGCGAUUAUUAUGAGCGUAACAAGAAACCUCUUCUCAUCGAUUACAUGCAAAAGGAAGUCCUAAAGAAGGAUCGCAUUGUAAUCGAGAAUCGUGAUUGGAUUGUUGUAGUACCGUUUUGGGCAGUUUGGCCAUAUGAAACUAUGGUAUUACCAAAAAAGCAAAUUACUAGAAUGCAAGAUUUAUCAGACAGUCAACAAGAAUCUCUAUCUGUUAUCAUGAAAAGAUUAUGUACUAAAUAUGAUAAUCUCUUCCAAUGUUCUUUUCCAUAUUCAAUGGGAUGGCAUGGAGCCCCAACGGGUCCAUAUCUUAAUCAUGAUUAUCCAUAUUGGACCUUUCAUGGGAUAUAUCUACCACCUCUAUUACGAUCUGCCACAAUAAAGAAACACAUAGUAGGCUAUGAACUCUUAGCUCAAGCACAAAGAGAUUUAACGCCGGAACAAGCAGCAGAAAAAUUAAGGAACCUACCAGAUUCUCACUAUAAACGUCCAGAAACUAGUCUAACUCUUGAAGAAAUAGAAACAUACUCGAAAUAAAUAUAUAAUAAAUAUAUAUAUAAUAUAUAAAAUGUAUAUUACUGAUAAUGUAUAAGUAAAAAAUUGGGUACAAAUAUAAUAUAAAUAAUUGCAUUAUUUUGUUCAAGAUAUAUUAUUGAAUAAAAAAAUACAUCUUUCAUAGAAACAUUA